AUGAAUCCAGCAGUCACCACAACCACUCGCACCUCCCGCCGAGACCGCGUCCGUCGAUCCGACAACAGUCGACAACAACGACUGGACAAUGAUACGGAGGACCGCCCACGCCGCCAAUUGACCAGUGAGUCCAAUCACAGCGCUAGCAGUAGUAGCAUCAUGCGAUCCUCUGCUACCCAAAGAGCCCGCGAAGAGCGACGCCGACGACGAACCACGCAGAAGCAAGACAACGAAGAAACACCCCGCCAUCGUCGCCGCCGUUCUUUCCAGAAGCGACGAUCCUCGUCGUCUGCUACUAAGGAUCUUUUGGAGACCUUCUCUGGUCAUUUCGAAGAAGAAGAUCAGGAAUCCCGUGAUUCCAUGACGGUCAGUUCUGCCUUGACGGAAUUCACCAAGGGUAUCCAAGCGGUAUCUUCCAGGCACUAUUCGCGCCGUGAAACGACGAGCAGCAAGCGACGCAGCGCUGCCUCCUUGCACAGUAGUUUGAGCGUCUUGGAUACCAGCUCGAGCCGCCUGUCUUCGUCCAGCCGUCACCAAGAUCGCCGCCGCCGCCGUCGUCGGGACAGUAUGAAUGGGUCCUUGCGCCGACGAUCGGAAGAAGAAGAAGAACCAAUGAAGGAUGAUAGCAUUCGCAUCUUGCAGUUUGAUGUUUCUCGCACAGGUGGGCUCUCCUAUGUCGAUGCCAACAAUGUCCAUGCCAAGAGCAGUCACAAUGAAUACGUGAACAACUUGACCAUUUUGCUCAAAGAAGACUUGGUGGAAGAAGAUGCCACGGAAGCUUGCAGUUCUUCCAUGGAAGGAUCCUUUCACAGUCAAGCGCCACAGUUGGAGGAGCUCACAGGCGACGAACAAGACAAGUUGUUGGCAGACUCAGUAUCCGAGCACAGCGCUGCCAACAACGAUCGCUUGGGAGUACGUGCCAAGAAACAGUUCAACAAGACCGUCUCCAAACUUCUGGCCACACCCAGGCGCCGCAGAACCCAAUUGUCGGAACGAUUGAACAUGUCCUUGGCAACCUUGCAGAUCUAG